AGACAGGCAUAUCAGAAGACCAAAGCAGCAAAGGGCAGGUCAGGAUCUGGCCCCAAAACAUGCCGCUUCUACGAGGAGCUGAACGCAAUAUUGGGGAACUGUGCAACGACAACCCCCCCUUGUCUGUGGAUUCAGAGGUGGGGGUAGUGAUCUCUGCCCCUGCCGAAGAUUUAGAGGACGGCGAAGAUCACGAUGAGGACCAAGAGGACCAAGAGGAGGACGAAACAGCAGAGAGCACAGAGCAUCCAAUUCCCACUAACAGCCAGGAUCUUUUCCUAAACCUUACAGAAGUACCCUGCCAGCCCUCUCAAGCCAGUAGCACAGAAAAUGAUGCUGUGGAAUCGUCCUCUGCUGCACAUUUCUCCAGCCUCCCUCUCCCUUCUCCUGUCCGACGGGGAGGUCACAUAAGAAGGCUAAGAAAAAAGAGGACGCGUGAGGAGAUGUUCACAGAAAUUAUGGCAGUAACCCGUACUGAGAGAGCUCAGCAGGGGGACUGGAAACAAUUGGUCGCAAAGUACAGGGAGGCUGCCAGUCAACGCGAAGACAGGAGGGAUGCUAAAAAUGAUUUCAGGUGGCAGGAAGAUCAGCGCUGGCGGGCAGCAACGCUGGAUCUUCUUCGUGAUCAGACUGACAUACUCCGCGAUAUGCUGGAAGAGCUGCGUGGUCUCAGGUUGCCUCUGCAGCCCGUGUAUAACCUCCCUCAGUACUCACCCUGUCCCACACCUUCCAGAACCAGGCGUGUAAGAACGCGUGGGGGAAGGGUAUCUGCACCAGCCAACUACACCCCUGUGGACAGUCCAACCAGAAGGCUGUCAUUACAUUGAAAACCCCUUACUGUUAUGUUUCUUCCCUCCUGUACUCCUCCCAAACCUCUCCCUUGGCACCAUUUACUUACUGUACUCUCAGGACAUGCUAUUCAAAGUCAGUGUGAGGGUGGGUUGUUAAAGAAAUAAAGCAUGCAGCUUUGCAAAGCUUCAGGGAAGCUAGUUUGCAGCAUCAGGAGUUAACACAUGGGGAGGUGGGUAAUACAGGGAAAAUGAACAAAGCAGUCAUACCGUACCAUGGUCCAUGAUAAA